AUUAGCAAAUCACGAUAAUUGCUUUGAUUUUUGAGCUGUUAAAAUUGAUUUUAAAUAUUUAACUUACUUAGAUUUAAGUGAUCAAAAACUAAAAAAAAGUAUUUGGAUUUAAAAAAAAAAAUGCUUUGAUAUCAACCUUUGGCAUAUACAUGACUGCUCACAUUUCCAGUAAUCAAUUCCGUUUUUACACCAGAAACUGGAUGUAAUCUUAGCUCUUGAAGACAUCAAUAUAUUGAUGGAUUUGUUUAAUGAAUGAUAUUGGAGGUUGAUUGUUUACAUUUACCUUGAAAACAUUUAGUAGGAACUUAAAGAUACGGAAAACGAUUUAUUUUUAAUACAAAAACACUGCUAUUAAAUAAUUUUCUUCCGCUCGUGAUGUACAAAACUGCAUUCUAAGAAGCACCGUUGAAUUGUUGAUUGUGAUUACAUGGAUUACCAGGCAUAAUAAAUUAAUGCAAGGAAACUAACAUGUUUAUCGGCAAAGGUGAAACAGAAAAUAGGAAAUUAUCGUGAGAACUGAUUUUGUUAGGAAGGAUAACCAUUGAAUGGACGCUGUAUUUUCAAGCUCGAAAGAGAAUGGUCAGGAAGUGGCGGCUAAAUUGAGGGUGGCUACGGGAAAGGCAGCGAUUUAAAAAGGGAUGGCAGUCCGUCCGUGCGUUCAGGGAGACAUAGCUUCAGGUGCAGAUGUGCGGUUAUUAGCGCCUAUGGCUGUGAACGGAAUAUCAGGAAAAAUAGAAGAUGCCACAAAUCACCUGGAUGUGCUCAACUUGAAGUAUGUGGUACGAGACUGGGUGGGGCCGUGGUGGAAGGGCGCCUGCUUCCGGAAGUUACGUCAUAAAUGCAUCAUCAAUGAUGUCACGUUGCGACUCAAGUCAGGGGAAAUUACUGGCAUUCUCGGAAACUCAGGGUCUGGAAAGACGUCCCUGCUAGACGUCAUAACAUGCCGUGCUUCCGGCAAAGUGACUGGAGACGUCAUUUACAAUGGUACACGAUGCACAAAUGACGUCAUUCAGAAUCACGCCACCUACGUGAUGCAAGCUGACCGUUUCCUGCCAAAUCUUACCGUCCGAGAAACGUUAAUAUACAGCGCCAAACUCAGGCUGCCAGGAUGCUCGACGUCAGAAGAAAUAGAAAAGAGGGUCACUGACGUGGUAUUGGCAAUGGGUCUAAAAGACGUCGCAGACACACGCAUUGGCGGAAGUAUCAUACGAGGUAUUUCCGGCGGUGAACGGCGGCGUGUUACCAUAGCGAUACAACUCCUUAAAAACCCAGAUAUCAUACUUCUAGACGAACCGACAUCCGGCCUCGAUAGCUAUACCGCCCGCCAUCUUGUUUCCAACCUGCGAGAUCUCGCGAGACGCGGGAAUAUAGUCAUGCUUUCUCUCCAUCAACCGAGUUCGGACAUUUAUUCGCUGCUGGACAGAAUAGGAAUUAUGUCAAAGGGAGAAUUCGUUUAUUUCGGCUGUGCGAAAGGGAUGGUGCAAUAUUUUACAGAAGUAGGGUACCCAUGUGAUAAAUAUACAAACCCGCUGGAUAGAUAUGUUGAUGUGGCGAGUAUGGACCGCCGAGACAAAGAUUCAGAAAUUCAGAGCCUUAUUCGAGUGGAACGGUUGGUUAAAAUAUUGAAAACUUCUCGGCUACAGCUUGGGACAUUCCGGAGGAUCUCUGACGACUUCCGGCGAGGACCGCGUGCCGGAUAUAGGGAAGCGGUAGAGCGCCCGGGCUCCGCUCGGGUGUUAGUCACUGUUAUUAGGCGGAUGUAUCGGAACCUAUUCCGUGACCGUGCAGAUUAUAUGCUGCGGUUCUUCUUCCUCCCGGCUUUCUGUAUAAUGAUAAUCGCAUUCAUGGGCCACAUUGGUACGGAGCCGAGCAGCGUCCAGAACCGGAUGGGGAUGCUGUAUUUGACAUGCGCGUUCGCACCGUAUGUGUCCAUACUCAACGCUUCAGCCUUAUUUCCUAGCAUCCGAGACCAGUAUUUCCGGGAGCGACGAGACGGGUUGUAUGGCGCCCUGACCCUCCUGUUGGCUUAUACCGUCCAUGUAUUACCGUGCCAUGUCGUGUCUUCCGUCCUCUUCAGUGCCAUUGUUUACUGGAGCACGGGGCUUCACCCAGGCCAACUCCAGUUCAUCCGGUUUACCGCCGUGGUGUUCCUAAACUGUCUCUGGUCGGAGCUGCACACUGCAGCCUUCCAUGGCAUCUUCCUGUCCGCCAACUUGGCCCAGGCCGUCACUGGACUCUGUCUUUCAAGCUACUCUUUGGUGGCCACUGGAUUUUUAAAGGACUUGAACUCCCUUAUGAAACCCUUGCAGUGGGUCAGCAAAGGUCUUAUCCAAAAAUACUCCGCCGAACUUCUGGCUGCUAACGAGUUCCAUGGUCUGCGGUUUGACUGCCCUGAGAUUCAACUUUCUAACGUUACUUCUAACUUAAACGUCACGUAUAAUGGAUCAGUGCUACAGCCAUGCAUGGAAAGCGGUGACAUUUUUCUUGACAAGAACUUCCCAGGUAGUGCUGACGUCAUCGCAAGAAACUUUUAUGUCGUUAUCGCUUUUUGUGUAGGUACUUUCUUUGCAGCUGUUGUGUGCUUGGAAAUCAGGGGAAACAGAAACUUGCAUUAGUUUUGUGUUCAGGAGUUAAAUGCAUCAUGAAUGUGUUUAUGAUUUGUUCCAUCUAUUCAUUCAUUUUCUAUUUAUUUAUGAUGGUGAUAUUUAAUGUGCAACUUAUGGUCAUACAUGAACGUUACUAAAUCCAUUCACUGUUAUGGUCCGUUAUUUAUAUCGAGCAAUCCGAUUAGCUACAUCGCUCUUAAAUCCAAUUAAGAUCAGUAUUGACCCCAGGUCUUAUGUUUCUACUUAUGACAUUGCGUCCAGCUCACAUUGUUUUAAGGGACUGUUGUCAAAGUUCAAGGACAUGUGAUUGGAUGUAUUGUAUAAAAGGGCCACCAAAUAUUUUUGGAAAAAAAUCAAAAUCUCAUGCCGACAUUAUCAUACAUUAUGAUUAUAUGCACAGUAGAGCUAAAUAUUUGAAGAAAAGUAGUGAUCUAAAAAUCAAGUCCACUGCUGCUUCCUCAGGCAUUCAGAAACGUGCUCAACUUCAUAGUUUUAUUUAUUAUAUUUUUCACAGCAAUUGCAAUUUGUUUCGUUUUCAUUUAAAUCGUACAAUAAUAAAUUGUGACAUGCGUGCAGCAUGCGUGUGUGUUUUGUUGUUUUGUUUGCAAUGCAGUUUUUUAUGAAGGUCAUAUAGUAAACAAAUUAAUAACUAAUAAAUAUGUUUAAACAAGUUUUGUUAAAUAGAUGAAUGAGUUAUCUUUAACUAGUAAGUAAAGUUAUAAUUAUUAUAAACCAGCAAUCUUAGAAAAUCAAAUAUUUCGUGAGAAUUUAUUCGAUGUAUUUUGUGUUCAUUUAGUAUGCUUUGCAUCUGAUAUCGUCAUAUGAAAAUAAUAUUUGUCUAAAAUAUAACUUAAUAAAACUUUAUACACUACAUUUAUAGAGAUGUUUUAAUUUUACGAUAUUUAAAUAUUCAUUUUUAUUUUUACAAUUUUACAUUCCUAUUUUCAUUGCAAUCCCAAUUAUAUAGCUAUUCCAGAAUCUCUUUUAUAGUACAGAAACAUCUUUAUUUUAUAUAAAUAAAUAUUACGAACA